UGCAAAUCUCAUUUCUGGCUUCCAUACAAAUAAACAACUCUGAAGUCAACAAUCUUUAUCCAAAGAAAUUCAUCAUCAUGGAAACCAUAAGAGAAGAGGCUCCUUCAAGCUACUUGAUGAAGCUGGUUGGUUUCUCUGAGGUUAAAUUCAGUCAUCAACCUUAUGAAUCUGCUGAUUUCGACGUUGGGGGACAUAAAUGGAGAUUGAUAUUUUACCCGGCUGGAAAGUUAGAAGAAGGUGGAAAAGACCAUGUUUCGAUUUAUGCGAGGAUCGAAAAUGUUGGUGCUUCUAUGCAGAUUGAUGCUGAACUCAAGUUCUUCAUCUACAAUCACAACAACAAGCAAUACUCUGUCUUUCAAGAUGGAACUAUGAAGCAUUACAAUAAGGAGAAAAAAGAGUGUGGAUUUGCGCAAAUGCUUCUUUUUUCGAAGUUCAACGACCCAAAGAAUGGGUACAUCGAUGGAAAUGCUUGUAUCGUUGGGGUGGAGAUAUUCGUUAUAAAGCCGAUAGAGAAGGUGGAGAGGGUUGUAUUCACACAAAACCCACCAGAAAACAAAUUCACGUGGAAAAUCUCUCAUUUCUCAUAUAUAGGAGACAAGAGAUACUAUUAUUCAGAUGAAUUUGUGGUCGGAGAUAGAAAAUGGAGAUUGAAGAUUAGUCCAAAGGGAGACAAAAAGGUAAGAGCACUUUCAGUUUAUGUACAAGCCAUGGCAUAUCUGCCAAAUGCGGUAGCUUCUAGCACUUAUGCAAAGCUCAGACUUCGGCUACUAAAUCAGAAAAACUCUAACCACAUUGAGAAACGCGGUACAUAUCAAACUAUAUAUUUUUUUUAUUAGGGUAGAAAAAUCGAUAUGAUCAUUCUUAAAGACUGACUUAUGAGUGAUGUUUAUGUAUAGUUUUUCAUUUUUACUCGAGAGAGAAUGGAGACGGAUCAGGGAUAUCUGAGUUAAUAUCUGUGGAGGAUCUAAAUGAUGAAUCAAAAGGGUACCUUGUGGAAGACUCCAUUGUUCUUGAAACUACUCUUCUUUGGGUCUCUGACACUAAGGUCGUUGACUCUAUCUAAAGACUCCUAUUACCUCUUUCUUUCUUUUGCAUACAUCUUUCUUUUUUAAGCAACAAAAUGUCUUCUUUGCUAUUUCCCCUUUUUUUUUUUUUUUUUUUUUUUUUAGUUUGUUAAAUUUUUUGAUGUUUUGUUGACUGAUUAUGUAAGAAUCUUUGUACGA